GAUUAUUGCGACAUCCGCCACACUUUCGUACAUCUACCCCUGAGUCUGUAGCUCUCAGUUUAACCCUCCUUGCACACUCGUGUUACGUCAGAAGUAAUUCAAUUCUGGUCAAACUUUUUGGUUUGCGGGGGACAUUCUUAAACAAGACGUCUUGGAGAAAAUCCAUUUUUUUUGUUAACGCUUUACUAUCUUAGUUUACCCAUUGUUAUCGCAGAUACGUGGUUGCUGGAUGUCUGAAGAUGACUGCAAAUAAGAUUCUGUCAGAGGGUGAAUUUAUCUCCAUUUCUGAUGUAACAGUUGCUCUUUGUGCAGUUCUUGUUAUCUUGAUUGUCCUCAAAAACAGAAAAAGAGAGAGGAAAGAUUUGAUCCCUCCACCAGGUCCAACACCAUGGCUGGUUAUUGGCAACAUGCUGCAGAUGGGAGACAAACCUCAUAUCUCCCUCACACUCAUGAGAGAGAAAUAUGGAGAUGUGUUCCAGGUUAAACUUGGUUCUUUGUUAGUGGUUGUAUUGAGUGGCAUUGAUACUGUCAAACAAGCACUGGUCAGACAAGGAGAAAGCUUUGCUGGUAGACCAGACCUUUACACCUUUUCUGCAGUGGCAGACGGCACGAGCAUGACAUUCAGUGAGAAGUAUGGGGAAGGUUGGAUUCUUCACAAGAAAAUUUGCAAGACCGCACUGAGAACCUUUUCUCAGACAGAGGCCAAAAACUCGACCUGCUCUUGCCUGUUGGAGGAGCAAAUUUGCUCUGAAGCCUCGGAAGUCGUUGAUCUAUUCAUGGAGUUCUCAAGAAAGGAAGGCUGCUUUGAUCCUGCCGUUCCUAUCAUUAGCUCUGUGGCUAAUGUGGUUUGUGCAUUGUGCUUUGGCAAGAGGUAUGACUAUAACGACAAAGAGUUUCUAACCCUUGUUCAGAUAAACAAUGAAGUGUUGAAAGGGUUUGCUACUGGAAAUGUCGCCGACUUCUUUCCAGUUCUCCGCUACCUACCAACAAGCCCCGCAAUCAAGACUUUAGUCCAGUACAUAAAAAGGAUGAACAGUUUUAUGGAACGAAACAUCGAAGAACAUCUGAACACUUUUGACAAGAACUGCAUUAGAGACAUCACUGAUGCCCUCAUUGCAAAGUGUGAGGGUAGACAUGAUGAAGGAAAGGAAGCUUUAUUGUCCAACAAGCAAAUAGUCCACACUGUCAUUGACAUAUUUGGAGCAGGUUUUGAUACAAUAAUAGCAGGCUUACAGUGGAGUUUACUGUACCUUAUACAGUUCCCAGACACCCAGGCAAAAAUCCAACAGGAAAUUGAUGAUAAAAUUGGUUCGUGCAGGCUUCCAAGGUUUGAAGAUAAGCCAUUAAUGCCUUACACUGAGGCUUUUAUUUAUGAAGUGUUUAGACAUGCAUCGUAUGUACCAUUUACUAUUCCUCACUGUACUACGGCAGACACCACCCUCAAUGGAUAUUUCAUUCCCAAAGACACUUGUGUUUUCAUAAAUCAGUAUCAAAUCAAUCAUGAUGUAGACCUGUGGAAUGAUCCAAAUUCAUUUGAUCCUGAAAGAUUUUUAGAUGAGUCGGGACAGUUAAAUAAGGACCUGAUGGAGAAAGUCAUGAUAUUCGGACUUGGUAAGCGAAGGUGUGUCGGGGACGUCUUUGCUCGGUUCGAGAUGUUCAUCUUCUUAACAACGUUACUGCAUCGCUUGAAGAUUGAAAAUGCAUCUGGACAAACUCUUAGCCUUUCAGCUGAUUAUGGACUGACAAUGAAACCUAAACCAUAUAAGGUCACAGUUUCUCAGAGACUUUAACAACACACACACAACAUAUCUCUAUCAUAGUAUCUGUUUGUCAAAAAAAGGCAAUAAGCUACUAACUGGUUUUGAAUGUGGAACCAAAAUCUCUAAUUGAUUUUUGAAUGCAAUGAAAGAAUGCUUAACCCUAAAAAAAGUUAAAUACAAUGUAAAGCCAGCAAUUACAUCCCAUUCAGUUGUGUGAGCUUUGUGAAUGCAUUACGCUGUGCAGAGCUGGUUCAAUAGUUUCUGUGUGAUGGCAAUGCAUUCAUGAUACAUACAUUCUAUAAUUGCCAACACAUGAGCAGGUUUUUUCAUAUAGAAUAAUUCCCCAAAUGAGGUUACUGCUUCUACCAGGUCCCUCACAACUAAGUAAUUUAGCUGUUAGAUUAUGUACCACUAAUAGUUACUUUUUAUCCAUCUAUUAAACAGCUAUAUAUCUAUGUUUACAUUCAUUGCUAUUGCUACUUCUAUUCUUCUAUGUAACUUAUGUAUAUACAUAGAAUCUAUUGACAGUAAAAAUAGAGAAAAUUAUGUUUUUAUAACAUGCAUGUAGAUCAGGAAAUACACAUUUAAACAACCUAAAUAAUUAGUAAAGUAUGCUGUAUACAUUAUUUUACAUUAUGCCAAAGAACUUCCAUACAUAAUGGGUGACAGCACUGAGCCCUCAAAUGCAAAGAAAUGUUGUGCCUCUACCUGCUAACUACACAGGUAUUUUUUUUUUAACUCCAGAGAUUUUAGCAGUUUAUUCAAAACAUGUUUGUGUGGUUGUGCGUCUAAUUUAUUACAGUGGUGCUUUGACAAAUUUCAACAUUUCAACAAAUGUAGCAUUGGCCAUUUAAUAUUAGUAAUAUUAACACUUAAUAAAAUGACUUCACACCUAAAACGUUUAUUACAAAAGAAGACUGAUAUCAAUCUGUGGCAAAGUGGCAUGCAGUGCGCAGGAAUAACACACACAAGACAGUGAAAGUUCAAUAAAACAGCUCCUUUAUUUGGCUGGGUUGCGUGUCAACAACACUUAAAUAAUAAUCACGGGCGCUACACAGCAAUGUGUAUCACUCCGUGCAGAACAAGGGUUUCAGUCCCGAAAUAAUAUGACACUUUAUAACAACACCAAACACAGACACGAUCACUUCUCCAGACAGUGAGUGCUCGAGUGCAGGUGCGGUGAAAGACAAGAGUUUGUGAAUCAGUGAUGCAGUGUAGUCUGGGUUUUGGUGCUGGCUAGUAGCGACAGCUCCCACUUUGUGUUAUCCGUCUAACAGUGACAAAAAACAAACAGCACAAUCAAACAAACAAAACACUUGUGAUAAUUAAUUACUUUCGUUUCGUUAAUGGGUCCUUUCAGUAACCACAACGAAGGAACAGAUUACAUCGUCACACCCCCUGUUAUACCCUUAGUCACGCCCCCUGCGAUAGCUAGUUCAAUCACGUCUCCUCCAAUCCAUGACUGACACAUCGCGUACCGCAUUAGGGCGAUGACUUCGGGCAUUGUGACUCUGCCCCCUUCCUGGAUGGCUGGCUUCCGACUGACCCUGGAAUGAACUGCCAGUCCAUCCGGUAUGAGGCACUCUGUUCCUGUAAUACAGCGCCCUCACAGGUCGGGAGGGAGUUUGUUGACUAGGAGUCAUUCGCUCUCUGUCACACAAUCACACAGGUUUUUUGUCUAACAUGGUAUUGUGCCAUGCAUGUUAUUCCAAAAUUGAGGAAUGUACUAAUAUACUAUUUAGAGAAUUGAACAAUUCCCAGGAAAAAAAAAUAAUUUAACACAUAACAAUUGUAACAUUAUUAUUAUUGAUUUCUUAGCAGACGCCCUUAUCCAGGGCGACUUACAAUUGUUACAAGAUAUCACAUUAUACAUUAUUUCACAUUAUACAGGUAUCACAUUAUUUUUACAUACAAUUACCCAUUUAUACAGUUGGGUUUUUACUGGAGCAAUCUAGGUAAAGUACCUUGCUCAAGGGUACAACAGCAGUGUCCCCCACUGGGGAUUGAACCCACAACCCUCCGGUCAAGAGCCCAGAGCCCUAACCACUACUCCACACUGCUGCCCAAAAUGCUACAAAAAUUGCAUCAGUGGAAUACAUAAGACUGAUAAUGAGCUGAGCUGGUGAGGUAAGCUAUACAAUUCGGCACUUCUUUUCAAAAAGGGGCAAAUCACUGGUAGAUACCCAUACGCCACUAGAAUUUUGGGUGGACACGUUGGAUUUUAUCGCAAUAAAUCGCAUAAACUGAUUGAAUUUAUGUAAAUGUUAACCUUUUGGGAAACCAAAGUGUACAUGAGAUAUUGAAUGAGUCUGAAUCGGACUCCAAUGAUUACUUAAAGUAGUGAAAAAAUGCUGAAGUAUUCAAAUCAAUUCAAAACACUACAGCGUUUCCCUGUGCCAUUCUGACAAUAAAUAGUUUUUAAAAAUGUAUCUUAAACUUAAAGAGCCUUUGGUGGUUAAAUGGAUGUUUUAUUGCCGCUGAGAUAUGAGAGUUGUAUGUUGUUCGUCUUAACUGAUUAUGACUGUCUGUGGUUGCUUGUGUUGCCUUGCCUCUUCCACUGCUUGUAGGGGGGUUGG